CUGAGAGAACAUUGGCAGCGCUGCAUCGAUAGCGUGUGUUUCAGCCGCUGUCGGAGGGCCCGCUGUCGGACGGCGAGGGCGAGGCGAGCAAGGGGCGCGGCUUCCACCGCUCCAUCUCGAUGGGGCCGAACGGCGGCGGCGGCGCGGCGGGGCGGUCGCGUGGGGCGGGCGCGACGGCGAGGCGGCAAGGCGGCGGGCGAGUGGGUGGUGAUGGCGCGCCGCCGCAACAACAGCAGCAGCGAGGCCGCCGCCGGUGAGUGCGAGGCGGCGCCCGCGCGGCGCCCGCGCGCCCACACGCACUCCCAGCGCACCCUAGACGGCGGGUCGUCGCUGCUGUGCAACCCGUCGGCGGCGCUGCAGCGGCUGGUGCCGGCCGUGGAGCACCCAGCGGUGGUGGGCGUGUCCCCCGCGGGGGCGGCGGUGGUGGUGGCCGGCGGCGGCGGCAGCGCGACGGCGCCGGCCCCUGCGCCGGCGGGGGCGCCCCUGGCCGCCCACGCCGGCCUGGACCUGCUGUCGCGGCCCGUCAUGGCCUUCGUGCUGCAGCAGCACCCGCUCGAGGCCCUGGGGCUCACCAUGCGCCAGGCGCUCCGCAAGGCCACGUGCCGCGUCUUCGCCAUGCAGGCGCUGAACUGGCUGCUGCGCAACGUGACCCAGCCGGCCAGCCUACACGACCUCUUGUGGUGGUUCGUGGCGGCGCUGACCCCGGCGCCCGAGCUGUACAGCGUGUGCGAGCACCCGCUGAGCGACAUCAGCAUCGCCGGCGAGGCCGUGCACCCGCUGCCGGCCACCUUCCAUGCGCUGCUGCAGACGGUGGCCGACCUCAUGCUGCUGCUGCCGGCCGGCUCGGCGCUGCAGCAGAUGGCCGUGCGCUGCUGGGGGCUGCGCUUCUCGCCCGCCGACCACAUGUUCCUGCACAGGAGCCAAGUGUUCAGCAACAUCAGCAAGAUCCUGUCGCGGUCGGAGGAGGAGGCGGACGAGCUGAGCGCGAGCCUGCACGAGAGCCACCAGUCGACGUACUCGCAGGCCACGAGCUGCGUGGAGUGCCUCAAGGACCUGACGGCGGGCGUGGAGAUGAAGGCGUCCAGCCGCCAGGCCAUGGUGGGCAGCCUCGUCGACAACUCCACCGAGACCUUCUGGGAGUCGGGCGACGAGGACCGUAAUAAAACGAAGACUAUCACAAUCGUGUGUGGACCUGGCGCUUACCCGCGCAUGGUAUACAUUCACAUAGACAACUGCCGGGAUCUGGCGAACAAGGUGUCGAGCGUGACCUUCCAGUCGGGGCCCAACCCCGACGAGCUGUACCGGCUGCGGCAGGUGGAGGUGGAGAACCGCGCCACGGGAUGGAUCAGCUGCCCCGUCCUCGACGCGCGCCACGCGGCGCUGCGCCUGGAGCUGAAGGGGCCCGACAACUCGCUGCGGCUGCGCCAGGUGCGCGUGCUGGGCGAGCAGGAGGGCGAGAGCCUCAAGGCCGGCCGCCAGCACAGCGCGCUCACCAUCCAGCAGCGCAACUGCGAGGCCGAGACCCUGCGCGUCUUCCGGCUCAUCACCUCGCAGCCCGAGGAGGGCCGCGAGGCGGACGAGGGCAAGGGCGAGCCCGAGGAGAGCCACGACCUCAAGGAGCACAUGGUGGGCAUCCUCUUCUCGCGCAGCAAGCUCACGCACCUCCAGCGGCAGGUGUGCGUGCACAUCGUGCAGGCGAUCCGCAAGGAGGCGGCGCGCGUGCGCGACGAGUGGGAGGCGCUGCUGUGCUCGGGGCAGGCGGCCGCCUCCGCCAGCGCCUCCUCCCUCAACGGCAACGGCGCCUCCGCCUCCGCCAACGCCAACGCCAACGCCAACGGCUCCGCCUCGGCCUCCGCCUCGGCCUCCGCGCUGGGCGGCGGCGCCGGCGCCGGCGUGGGCGCGCUCGAGGGCUGCAAGCAGGCCGACACCUACUGCUUCGAGAUGCUGAGCAUGGUGCUGGCCCUGAGCGGCAGCGCCGUCGGACGCGCCUACCUCGCCCACCAGCACGCGCUGCUCCGGGACCUGCUCAGCCUGCUGCACACCGGCUCGGCGCGCGUGCAGCGGCAGGUGGGUGGCCCACCCUUCGCCGCAUUCGUCCAA